CCAAAACCCAUCACUGUCUGACUUCCGAUCAUCUUUACUUUUGAAUGUUAGCUUUCCGUUCAUGCUGUCUCCGGCGAUUUCCUUUCGUCUCUCACUCCCUCAAGCUUCUCCGUCCUCUCUCUUACUGUUUCUUUCUACCAUCUAAACAAUCCUCAUUUCUCAAAAAUCCACUGUCGAUUUCUCGCUUAAACGCUAGCUCAAACAUGUCGUCUCUCCCUUCCGCCUUCGAUACUCUCAUGUCCAACGCCCGUCGAGCCGCCAAGAAAAACCCCUCCUCUUCCUCACCCAGCAAGAAACGGAAGAUACAGGAUUCAACCCCAACUCAAAACCCUAACCCUAGUAAAACCCCGACUUUGGUUGAACCCACUAAAGAGACUGCUUCUGUUCUCGAUAAGAAUGGGCAAGAUUCUGGUAGUUCUCAACAAUCCAAGAAAUUGAAGGUGACGAGUACGGCCGAGAGAAGUGCGAAGCUCAAGGAGAAAAUCGAACUGCUGAAGAAGAAGCCUGCCGCUUUUGAUCCCAACAUGGUGGCGUGUUGGGAGAAGGGAGAGAGAGUGCCAUUCUUGUUUCUGUGCUUGGCGUUUGAUUUGAUAUCAAACGAGACAGGGCGGAUUGUGAUUACAGAUAUUGUUUGUAAUAUGUUCAGGACUGUCAUUGAUACAACGCCUGAGGAUUUGGUGUCCGUAGUGUACUUGGCUGCAAAUAAGGUUGCUUCUCCUCAUGAAGGAUUAGAACUGGGAAUUGGAGAUGCAUCCAUCAUCAAAGCGCUUGCGGAGGCAUUUGGAAGAACGGAGGCACAGGUUAAGAGCCAGUACAAGGAUAAAGGAGAUUUGGGUCUUGUUGCACAAGCAAGCCGUUCAUCUCAAUCUAUGAUGCGCAAGCCUGAUCCACUAACAGUUGCCAAAGUUUUCAACACUUUUCGGCUUAUUGCUAAGGAAUCAGGAAAGGAUAGUCAGGAGAAGAAAAAGAAUCAUAUCAAGGCACUUCUUGUUGCAGCCACUGACUGUGAACCUCAGUAUCUUAUCCGUCUACUUCAGGCAAAAUUGCGGAUUGGAUUAGCAGAACAAACUCUAUUGGCUUCCUUAGGACAAGCUGCUGUCUACAAUGAACAACAUUCUAAACCCCCUUCACACGUACAAUCUCCUUUAGAAGAGGCUGCCAAGAUUGUUAAGCAAGUAUAUUCUGUCCUACCAGUGUAUGAUAUAAUAGUCCCUGCUCUUCUGAAGGGUGGUGUAUGGGAUCUUCCAAACACAUGUAGCUUCACACCAGGUGUCCCUAUUGGACCUAUGCUAGCAAAACCAACCAAGGGAGUUCAGGAAAUUCUAAAUAAAUUCCAAGAUAUUGAGUUUGUAUGUGAGUACAAGUAUGAUGGAGAACGUGCCCAGAUUCAUUACAUGGAUAAUGGUUCAGUUGAGAUAUACAGUCGAAAUGCUGAGCGAAACACUGGAAAGUUUCCUGAUGUUGUUACUGCAAUUGCAAGAUUUAAGAAAUCACAUGUAAGAUCCUUUGUUUUGGAUUGUGAGCUCGUUGCUUAUGACCGACAAAAGAAGAAAAUUCUGCCUUUCCAGACCCUUAGUACAAGAGCCCGAAAAAAUGUGGAAGUGAAGGACAUCAAGGUUGAUGUAUGCAUAUUUGCUUUUGAUAUCUUGUAUCUUAAUGGGCAACCACUUAUUCAGGAACAACUAAAAGUUCGUAAAGAGCGGCUUAAGGACUCAUUUGGGGAAGAACCUGGAUUUUUUCAGUUUGCAGCAGCAAUAACAUCAAAUGAUAUUGAGGAAAUACAAAAAUUUCUUGAUGAAGCUGUUGCUGCAAGUUGUGAAGGUUUAAUUAUCAAAACAUUGGACAGAGAAGCUACAUAUGAGCCAUCAAAGCGGUCCCUUAACUGGCUAAAACUGAAGAAAGAUUACAUGGAUAAUAUUGGAGACUCCUUAGAUCUAGUACCUAUUGCUGCUUUCCAUGGUCGUGGGAAACGGACAGGUGUGUAUGGUGCUUUUCUAUUGGCCUGUUAUGAUAGUAAUAACGAAGAAUUCCAGAGCAUCUGUAAAAUUGGUACCGGAUUUUCUGAAGUAGUGCUUGAAGAACGUUCUGCCAGUCUCCAGUCUAGAGUGAUUCCCGAACCAAAGUCAUACUACCGCUUUGGGGAUACACUUAAACCAGAUGUAUGGUUUGAGCCAUCUGAGGUUUGGGAGGUAAAAGCUGCUGACUUGACCAUUAGCCCUGUUCACCGUGCAGCAGUUGGAACCGUGGCUUCUGAUAAGGGUAUAUCUCUACGAUUUCCCCGUCUCCUUCGCGUUCGAGAAGACAAGACCCCAGAGGAAGCCACCUCAUCUGAGCAGGUUGCUGAGAUGUAUGCUAAUCAACAGAAUGUUGCUGAUGAUGAAGAAGACUGAAGGAUGUUUUUAUAUGAUUUCCUUGUAAAGUUCUGCAGUCUUGUUGGUAACUGUGAUGAUUUCUGUGGGCGGAGGACCCAUAAGCAGAUUAUUAUCAAUCAAAACAGGGUGGCACAGACAUGAGGCGUGACAGUCGGGAUUUUACUAGCAGCUUGUUUGUUCCUUUCUCUUCAGCCUCUGCCGAGUAGACUACAAUCAGCUGCUGGAUUUGGCACCAUCCAAUUUGCUUUUGAUUCUUUUCUAUUAAAACUGCUUUGAAAGUUCAUGGUUUUUCAACAAAAUUUCGAGUUUACUUCUCGUUUUUCCAAUAUACCAUUUCCUUCCUUUUCGCCAGAAAUGAUUAAUGUUGCUGCUUGGUUUGUAUCCCACUUUAUAUCCAGAAUGUUUGCUCUUCUUUUUUUCUCU